CCUGUCAUUCUGGAGUCGGCCUCUAGAGGCGCUGUCACGAGAAAUGAGUUGUGUGACAGGAACUAGUCCGAGGACAAAAGUCAUCACUACUACUUUAGCCGGAUAAGGAAUGUAAAUGUCUGAGGAUAGGGAAGCCCAGGAGGAUGAGCUGCUUGCUUUAGCAAGUAUCUAUGAUGAAGAGGAGUUUCAUCAGGCGGAGUCAGCCCAGGGGGGAGAGAUCCAAAUUUGUCUGGAGCUCCCUCCUGACUUCAAAGUUGUUGUUGUGAAAGGAGAGCAGACAACUGAGUAUGCAGUUUGUUUUUUACCCCCUUUGGUCCUUAAUUUUGAGCUCCCGGGAGACUAUCCAUCUUUGUCUGCGCCGGUCUUCACUCUCAGCUCUAAAUGGAUGACCAAAGCUCAGUUGAGCACUCUUUGCCAACGCCUGGAUGAGUUAUGGGAGGAAAACCAGGGCUGCGUGAUCCUCUUCACAUGGAUGCAGUUCCUUAAGGAGGAGACCUUGGACUUCCUGGGCAUCAAAUCUCCUCUUGAAGUCAACAGGAACAACACAAAGCUAUGUGGUGAACGAAGAAAAACUGAUCCCACUGCUGCAGAUGUUACAAAAUGUGACAGUAAGUCUGAAGUAGCAGAGAAUAAACCAGAGAUAACAGACAAGCUGGGACAGCACCCUUCUAAGCUUGACCCCCGCGCUGUGGUGUUGAUGGACCCACGGGCUGACCCCCUACCUCAGCUGCUGGACUUUGAUGAGGCGCAGCGGCAGAAGGUCUUCGACAGCAAGGUGUUCUGCUGUGGGAUCUGCUUCUCGGAGAAGCUGGGCUCCCACUGUCUCUGCUUUAAAGAGUGUCAGCACGUGUACUGCAACGCCUGCAUGACUGAGUACUUCCAGAUCCAGAUACGGGACGGCAAUGUUCAGUGCCUCAAUUGCCCUGAGCCCAAAUGUACCUCAUUAGCCACACCGCUGCAGGUCAAGCAGCUUGUGGAUGAAGAGCUGUUUGCCCGAUACGACCGGCUGCUUCUUCAGUCCACUUUAGAUCUCAUGGCUGACGUGGUCUACUGUCCUCGUCAGUUUUGUGGCACAGCCGUCAUGGUGGAGCCAGACACUACGAUGGGCAUUUGCUCGGCUUGCCAGCAUGCAUUUUGCACCAUGUGCAAGCUUGCUUAUCACGGUGUCUCCCACUGUAAAUUCCCUGCAGAGGAACUGCGUAACCUCAGAGACGAGUACCUGUCAGCCACAUCGGAGGGGAAGAAGUUCAUGGAGAAACGCUUUGGGAAACGGGUGAUCCAGAAAGCGGUGGAGGAGUCUUUCAGCAGGGACUGGCUCACGGAGAAUUGCAAAUGCUGUCCCAAAUGUGGAACCAACAUACAGAAAGUUGACGGCUGUAAUAAGAUGACCUGCACCUCUUGUAAACAGUACUUCUGUUGGCUGUGCUUGGGCGUCCUCAGCAAAGUCAACCCAUACGGUCACUUUAACAACCCCCAUUCACCCUGUUACAACCAGCUUUUCCAGGGUGUGGACGUAGAUGAUGACGACAAUUUUUGGAGUGACGAAGAAGACUGAGCCCCUCACCCUUCCAGUGCCUCACUGCUAUUUGAAAGCACUUUAUUUCUUACAUAAUCACCACGUCAUCUGAGACUCUGACUUCAAACAUGUCGUCUCUGUGAUGCCACUGUGAGCACAUCGUGUUGUUCAUGCUAAGAAUGUGCGACAAAAUCAACACCAGAAACAUCCCCUACCUGGGUGAUUGUUAAAGAAACUUCAACUACUGUGGUUGUUUUGGAUACUUAUAGACACCAUUUAGCAUUUUUAAUUCAUCAUAGAUCAAGGAGAGACUUGCAUAUGAAGUUCUCUUAUAACCCUUGGUAUUAUGGCACUGGGUUAGCACUUAAGUCCAAAGAAUUUUUCUUUUUCAAUGACGUUUAAUAGCUUUUUUAACGAGUUAAGCACUUCUUCAUGCAACCUAAUGUAUUACUGGCAAAUAAGAAUUAGGUCUGUUCCAGGAAAAGUAAAAGACUUUGGCACAAUAUGACAUUUUUUAUUUUGAAAUUAGACAUAGACAACAUACUUGCAAUCAGCAAAGAUAUUUAUUGCUUUUUUUUAAUGUGAUCUGAAAGAAAAGCUAUUAUGAAAGAUGAAACGAAAUCAAAUAUUUUUUUUUUCUGAACUUGAAACUUUUCUUCAUCUAUUCCUCAAUAAUUUGUUGGUCAGUGUUGGUUCGGACUGGAUAAUACAAUUGCAUUGUUACCUUACUUUAGGUCACUUCCUGUUUUAAUUUACAAUGCAGGAUGUUCACCAAAAUAAAAGUUCCAAGUUUGCCAUCA